GUCAGAUUCGUGAACCCGCUUGUCAAGAACAACUAUAACCACUUGAGUGCCUACUCCAUGCCGGGUCGGGACUGGCCACUUGAUGGGAGGAAGAGGAUGGCAGGGCUGCGUCCCAGCCCAUGGACCAGGCUGCUGCUGGCAGCCCUACUGAGUGUCAGCUUCCCCGGGCAAAUGGCGAACCGCUGCAAGAAAGCCCAGGUGAAGAGCUGCACCGAGUGCAUCCGCGUGGACAGGAACUGUGCCUACUGCACCGAUGAGAUGUUCAAGGAGCGGCGCUGCAACACCCAGGCCGAGCUGCUGGCUGCGGGGUGCCGGCAGGAGAGCGUGGUGGUCAUGGAGAGCAGCUUCGAGAUCACAGAGGAGACCCAGAUCGACACCACCCUGCAGCGCAGCCAGGUGUCGCCCCAGAGGCUGCGGGUCCGGCUUCGGCCAGGCGGGGAGCAGCACUUUCAGCUGCUUGUGUUCGAGCCCAGCGAGAGCCCUGUGGACCUGUACAUCCUCAUGGACUUCUCUAACUCCAUGUCUGACGAUCUGGACAACCUCAAGCAGAUGGGGGAGAAGCUGGCUGAGGUCCUGAGGAAGCUCACCAACGACUACACUAUUGGAUUUGGCAAGUUUGUGGACAAAGUCAGCGUCCCUCAGACGGACAUGAGGCCCGAGAAGCUGAAGGAGCCAUGGCCCAACAGUGACCCUCCCUUCUCCUUCAAGAACGUCAUCAGCCUGACGGAAGACUUGGCUGAGUUCAGGAACAAACUGCUAAAAGAGCGGAUCUCGGGCAACCUGGACGCUCCUGAAGGAGGUUUUGAUGCCAUCCUGCAGGCGGCCGUGUGCACGAGGGACAUCGGCUGGCGCCCCGACAGCACCCACCUGCUGGUGUUCUCCACGGAGUCUGCUUUCCACUAUGAGGCUGACGGUGCUAAUGUGCUGGCCGGCAUCAUGAGCCGCAAUGACGAGGCAUGCCACCUGGAUGCCUCGGGUACCUAUACCCAGUACAGGACGCAGGACUACCCGUCAGUGCCCACCCUGGUGCGCCUGCUUGCCAAACACAACAUUAUCCCCAUCUUCGCCGUCACCAACUACUCCUACAGCUAUUACGAGAGGCUGCGGACGUACUUCCCGGUCUCCUCGCUGGGGGUGCUUCAGGAGGACUCCUCCAACAUCGUGGACCUGCUGCAGGAAGCCUUUCAACGCAUUCGCUCCGACCUGGACAUCCGGGCCCUGGAAAGCCCCCGGGGCCUGCGGACAGAGGUCACCUCCGAGAUGUUCGAAAAGACGAAUACUGGGUCCUUUCACAUCCAGCGGGGGAAAGUGGGCACCUACCAGGUGCAGCUGCGGGCUCUGGAAGAGCUGGAUGGGACCCACGUGUGCCAGCUGGGAGAAGAGGACCAGAGGGGCAACAUCCAUCUCAAGCCCUCCUUCUCGGAUGGCCUCAGGAUGGAUGUGGGCAUCAUCUGUGAUGUGUGCCCCUGUGAGCUGCAAAAAGAAGUGCGUUCAGCUCACUGCGGCUACCACGGAGACUUCAUGUGUGGACACUGUGUGUGCAAUGAGGGCUGGAGCGGCAACACGUGCAGCUGCCCCACCGGCUCACUGAGUGACAUAAAGCCCUGUCUUCGCGAGGGCGAGGACAAGCCGUGCUCUGGGCGUGGCGAGUGCCAGUGCAGCCACUGCGUGUGCUACGGUGAAGGCCGCUAUGAGGGUCCGUUUUGCGAGUAUGACAACUUCCAGUGCCCCCGUGCCUCUGGGUUCCUCUGCAAUGACCGGGGACGCUGUUCCAUGGGCCAGUGUGUGUGUGAGCCUGGCUGGACAGGCUUGAGCUGUGACUGCCCUCUCAGCAAUGCCACCUGCAUUGACAGCAACGGGGGCAUCUGUAAUGGCCGUGGCUACUGCGAGUGUGGCCGUUGCCACUGCAACCAGCAGUCGCUCUACACGGACACCAUCUGUGAGAUCAACUACUCGGCGAUCCGCCUGGGCCUCUGUGAGGACCUGCGCUCCUGUGUCCAGUGCCAAGCCUGGGGCACCGGGGAGAAGAAGGGGCGCAUGUGUGAGGGGUGCAACUUCAAGAUCAAGAUGGUGGACGAGCUUAAGAAAGGAGGCGAGGUGCUGGAGCACUGCUCCUUCCGGGAUGAGGACGAUGACUGCACGUACAGCUACACAGUGGAGGGUGACGGCACCCCUGGGCCCAACAGCACUGUCCUGGUGCACAGGAAGAAGGACUGCCCGCCCGGCUCCUUCUGGUGGCUCAUCCCUCUGCUCAUCUUCCUCCUGCUGCUGCUGGCACUGCUGCUGUUGCUCUGCUGGAAAUACUGUGCCUGCUGCAAGGCUUGCCUGGCACUUCUCCCUUGUUGCAACCGAGGGCACAUGGUGGGCUUCAAGGAAGACCACUACAUGUUGCGGGAGAACCUGAUGGCCUCAGACCACCUGGACACGCCCAUGCUACGCAGUGGGAACCUCAAGGGACGUGACAUGGUCCGAUGGAAGAUCACCAACAACGUGCAGCGGCCUGGCUUUGCCACCCAUGCCUCCAGCACCAACCCCAUGGAGCUGGUGCCCUAUGGGCUGUCCCUGCGCCUCGCCCGCCUUUGCACUGAGAACCUGCUGAAGCCUGACACUCGAGAGUGUGACCAGCUGCGCCAGGAGGUGGAGGAGAAUCUGAAUGAGGUGUACAGACAGAUCACAGGUGCACACAAGCUCCAGCAGACUAAAUUCCGGCAGCAGCCCAACGCCGGGAAAAAGCAGGACCACACCAUUGUGGAUACGGUGUUGAUGGCGCCUCGCGCGGCCAAGCAGGCCCUGCUGAAGCUGACGGAGAAGCAGGUGGAACAGGGGGCCUUCCAUGAGCUCAAGGUGGCCCCCGGCUACUACACCCUCACUGCAGACCAAGAUGCCCGGGGGAUGGUGGAGUUCCAGGAGGGCGUGGAGCUGGUGGACGUGCGGGUGCCCCUCUUCAUCCGGCCUGAGGACGAUGAUGAGAAGCAGCUGCUGGUGGAAGCCAUCGAUGUGCCCAUGGGCACUGCCACCCUCGGUCGCCGCCUGGUAAACAUCACCAUCAUCAAGGAGCAAGCCAGCGGGAUAGUGUCAUUUGAGAAGCCUGAGUACUUGGUCAGCGGCGGAGAGCAAGUGGCCCGCAUUCCCAUCGUCCGGCGCAUCCUGGACAACGGCAAGUCCCAAGUCUCCUACCGCACACAGGAUAACACCGCACAGGGCAACCGGGACUACAUCCCUGCAGAGGGGGAUCUGCUAUUCCAACCUGGGGAGACCUGGAAGGAGCUGCAGGUGAAGCUCCUGGAACCGCGGGAGAUAGACUCCCUCCUGCGGGGCCGCCAGACCCGCCGCUUCCACAUUCAACUCAGCAACCCCAAGUUUGGGGCCCGCCUGGGCCAGCCCCACUCAGCCACCGUCGUCAUUGGAGACCGAGAUGAACUGGACCGGAACUUCACAAGCCCGACGCUGUCAUCAUUUCCACCUCACCCUGGUGACCUGGGUGCCCCACAGAACCCCAAUGCCAAGGCCGCCGGGUCCCGAAAGAUCCACUUCAACUGGCUGCCCCCUCCGGGCAAGCCAACGGGGUACAGGGUGAAGUACUGGAUCCAGGGUGACUCGGAGUCCGAGGCCCACCUGCUCGACAGCAAGGUGCCCUCGGUGGAGCUCACGAACCUGUACCCAUACUGCGACUAUGAGAUGAAGGUGUGCGCCUACGGGGCACAGGGCGAGGGUCCCUACAGCUCCCUGGUGUCCUGCCGCACCCAACAGGAAGUACCCAGUGAGCCGGGGCGUCUGGCCUUCAAUGUCGUCUCCUCCACGGUGACCCAGCUGAGCUGGGCUGAGCCAGCUGAGACCAACGGAGAGAUCACGGCCUACGAGGUCUGCUACGGCUUGGUCAACGAGGACAACCGACCCAUCGGGCCCAUGAAGAAGGUGCUGGUGGACACUCCUAAGAGGCGGACGCUGCUCAUUGAGAACCUGCGGGAGUCCCAGCCAUACCGCUACACAGUGAAGGCGCGCAACGGGGCAGGCUGGGGGCCCGAGCGGGAGGCCAUCAUCAACCUGGCCACCCAGCCCAAGCGGCCCAUGUCCAUCCCCAUCAUCCCGGACAUCCCCAUCGUGGACGCCCAGUGCGGGGAAGACUACGAGAGCUUCCUCAUGUACAGCGACGAAGUACUGCGCUCCCCGGCUGGCAGCCAGAGGCCUAGCGUCUCCGACGACACCGAGCACCUGGUGGUGAACGGGCGGAUGGACGUAGCCUUCCCAGGCAGCUCCAACUCUCUGAACAGGAUGACCGUGGCCAACACCGCUUACGGCACCCACCUGAGCCCACACCUGCCCCACCGGGUGCUGAGCACAUCUUCCACCCUCACGCGGGACUACCACUCGCUGACCCGCACGGAACACUCCCACUCCCACUCUGCCACGCUGCCCAGGGACUACUCCACCCUCACCUCCGUGUCCUCCCACAGCCUCCCUCCCAUCUGGGAAGAGGGGAGGAGCAGGCUUCCGCUGUCCUGGGCCCUCGGGUCCCUGAGUCGGGCUCAGAUGAAAGGGUUCCCUCCCUCUGGGGACUCCCGAGACACUAUAAUCCUGGCUGGGCAGCCAGCGGCGCCCUUUCGGGGCCCAGGCUCCCGCUUGGCUGCAGGUGUGCCCAACACACCCACCCGCCUGGUGUUCUCGGCUCUGGGCCCCACGUCUCUGAAAGUGAGCUGGCAGGAGCCACAGUGUGAGCAGGCACUACAGGGCUACAGUGUGGAGUACCAGCUGCUGAACGGGGGGGAGCUGCAUCGGCUCAACAUCCCUAGCCCCAGCCAGACUUCGGUGGUGGUGGAAGACCUUCUGCCCAACCAUUCCUAUGUGUUCCGUGUGCGGGCCCAGAGUCAGGAAGGCUGGGGCCCAGAGCGUGAGGGUGUCAUCACCAUUGAGUCGCAGGUGCACCCCCAGAGCCCACUCUGCCCCCUGCCAGGCUCCACCUUCACUUUGAGCACACCCAGUGCCCCGGGCCCGCUGGUGUUUACUGCCCUGAGCCCAGACUCGCUGCAGUUGAGCUGGGAACGGCCACGCAGGCCCGAUGGGGAUAUCCUCGGCUACCUGGUGACCUGUGAGAUGGCCCAUGGAGGAGAGCCAGCCACCACGUUCCUGGUGGAUGGCGACAGCCCGGAGAGCCGGCUGACAGUGCCGGGCCUCAGUGAGAACGUGCCCUACAAGUUCAAGGUGCAGGCCAAGACCACCCAAGGCUAUGGGCCGGAGCGUGAGGGUAUCAUCACCAUCGAGUCCCAGGACGGAGGCCCUUUCCCUCAACUGGGCAGCCACCCUGGGCUCUUCCAGCACCAGCUGCCAGGCGAGUACAGCAGCAUCACCACCACCCACACCAGCACAACCGAGCCUUUCUUCCUGGAUGGACUGACCCUGGGGUCCCAACGCCUGGAAGCAGGUGGCUCCCUCACCCGCCAUGUGACCCAGGAGUUCGUGAGCCGGACACUGACCACCAGUGGAACCCUCAGUACCCAGGUGGACCAACAGUUCUUCCAGACCUGAGCCCCCCACCCCUACCCGACAGUGUCCUGGAACCUGGGCCCCCACCCUGCCUCCUCCUCCUGGCUCUGCCUCAGCUACUCCAUCCUCGGACCCCUCGCAGCCCAGCACACCCCCAUGCUGAUCACAGGGCCAGCACGUCUGGCUACGGAGCAGAGGGUAGGUGUCCUCUGGGAGGCGUGAAGGGAGCCAAGGUCCCAGAUGGCCCUUCUGGCCACUACUCCCUUACCCCAGGCCCAAGCCCGUUUGUGCGUAACCAAAGAGCUGGGACCAGCAUGACAAGGACCCAGCUUUGCUCUGCACUUAAUAAAAGAUUUUGCUACCGCUU